AUUUCCUAAAUUGCAAUGAACAAGUCUAAAAGCAAAAGUCUUGCUAAAAAGAUUCUCAAGUCAAUGGCCACUCAGGAGUCUAAACUUAAGAAAAAUUUCUUCACGCAGAAGCUCAAGCAGAACAUCGUUCGCAAGAAAGAUCUGAAGCGGGAAUGGACUCUUGUAGAUAUUACUGAUUAUUUGAAUUCGAUUUCUCCAGGACAGCCUAAACUUACAGUUGAGCAGGUCACAGCCCAGUACGAAGAUCUAUGCACAGAGGACUACCAGCGAAAGAAAGUCUGUAACUGAAUAGUCGACCUCAUGUUUCAGAAAGGUAUUACAAGAAUUAAUGAGUGUCUUCAGAAAGGAAAAGCUCAACCAGGAAAGAAAACUUCGUUUGAUAAUGCGAAGUUUGAUAAGAUUAUUACCAUUCCUCUGAAUGAGCCUGAUGACUGAGAUGAUGUAAUUAACUUUAGGAAGUCCCGUAGCCAGAUACAUGGAGGAAGAGAGAGCAAUUGCUCUGUUACUCCUAAGCUUGAGCUCAAUGCUGCAAACACAAUAGAAAGUAAGGGUAAAAGUGAGAAGAAAGAAAGCACACCCGCUAGCAAAGUAUGCCACCCUGAAAUCAAUCGAGCAACUCUUGAGGAGAAAAUGAUUGCUACAGACUCAAGCUUAAAGCGUGCUGACUUGGAGACAGAAGAAGACCUGAUAGAUACUUAUGUUUCAAAGGAGCCCCAGGAAGAAGAAUUCUUUGUUAAUGAUAUGGUCGCAUAAUCGAAUAUAAUAAUCUUAUGAUUGCAAUAAAAUUAACUUAA